AUGCUUCGCCCUGAAUGGAGGCUCUGGCCGAUUUCCACUUUCCUUGGUAUUACUGACCUUAAAACUGGCGUCACUGUUGUCCUACUGUUCGCACUCCUCAACAAAGUAGCAGGCGUGUAUGGCUUGAUCGCCGUUAUGACCGGUGCAGGUAGCAAUUUUGCACAGCUCAGUCUGUACAUAUAUUCAGUUCUCGGUCUCGUCGCACUAAGCUGGGGACUGAAAUCCGUCAAAGAUGAGAACCCUCAGCACACACUCUAUUUUGCGUACUUCUUCUUCGUCGAUCACAUCUUCUCAACAACUUGGACGGUGUUCUUCUCCGUUAUCUGGUGGACUUAUACCUCGCAUGAUGGGCAGCAAAUCUCCAAUUCACAUGCGCAAGAGGCCAUACGACAUGAUGCGCCAGCUAUAAUCUACAAUAUGACGGAUGAGCAGCGGGCUCUAGAAGCAAAUAAUUUGUGGCAUGAGGAGAAGGGCACUGCCAUGGGUGUCAUCAUCAUCAGCUGGCUCGCAAAGAUAUAUUUCGCACUAUUACUCUACUCAUACGCCACACACCUCCGCAAGGGCUCGUACAACUCCAUCCGGCACUUCCGUUCAUAUUCGAGUACUCCCGCAGGCUACACCGCAGCAUUGACUGAAGAGGAUGAUGAAGUUGAUGAUUUUUACCUACCCUCGAUACGAAAGAACCAGGUCUCACACGCUUCAAACGACUCUACAUCACACCUUCCAAACGGCUCUACACCGUAUUUCCCCAAUGGCUCUGCUUCAUAUGCCCCAAAUGGCUCAUCUUCCCAUGUUUCCAAUGGCUCGAUAACGCAUCUGCCCGAUUUUGUGAGCGCUCCAGGAAGACACGGAAGGAAGGCGAGCAGGGGCUCGUCAGGGAAGAUUAAUAUACCCGGAAGGAGAAGUGAAGGGAACGGGGAGGUUAUCUUUGAGGACACUGAGUCGUAG